CAGAUGAACAGACAGACAGAUGAACAAACCGUGUCUCCUGCUGGAGCUCAAGGACUGAAGGGCACCGUAAAGCGCAGCUGAUAAGCGGCUUUAAUCGGCUAAUUUGGCCCCGGUGGCCUUCAGCGGGCUGCAGGUGAACACACACCGGAGCUGCUGGAAACACCCGCAGUCCGACACAUUCACCGCGGUUUGACCGCAGGGACGCUCCGGGUGGUCUUCACUCCCACCAGCCUGAAACGGAUCCUCCUCAACUUUCUCGUGGUUUGAGGAUUUUGACGCGCGUUUGAUCAACCACCGCCUCUUUUGUUUCCAUCUUCGCGACACAAAAUGUUCUUUCUCAGGAGAACAUACGGAACUUUCUGAGUGUUUAUUAUAAUAACUAUGAGUCAACGUGUUUUAUUGUGUGAAUAAGACCACACUCCACUUGCUCCAGUUCGGUUUUUACGCGGGGUUUAUUUUGCGUAAAGUGCGCACCGGAGCGCUCUGGAGCUCUGCGUCUCCGUGACACCACGAUGACACCACGGUGCCGGGACCAGAGUCCGGCCAGGCCUUCAUGAAAGCCCGCUGGCCGCGCUGCUGCGGCUGGGACCGGGACGGAGCGGAGGUGGAGAGCCGGCGGAGAUGGUAGCAAACCUGAGCGCGGCGGCGGAGAGCCCUGAGGCGGCGGAGAGGGGACACAACCUGCCCGCCCUGCUGAUCGGGGUGCUGCUGAUCGUGGUGAUCAUCUGCGGGAAUCUGCUGGUGUGUCUGAGCGUGUUCACGGAGAAGGCGCUGAAGACCACCACCAACUACUUCAUCGUCAGUUUGGCGGUGGCGGAUCUGAUGCUGGCGGUGCUCGUUCUGCCGCUCUUCGUCUAUUCCGAGUUCCAGGAUGGUGUGUGGACCCUCAGCACCACCAUCUGUGAUGGUCUGAUGACCAUGGAUGUGAUGCUGUGCACCGCCUCCAUCUUCAACCUCUGUGCCAUCAGCAUCGACAGGUUCAUUGCCGUAUUAAUCCCUUUGAACUACAACAGGAAGCACGUGGACAUGCGGCAGAUAGUGCUGCUGUCUGCCACGUGGAUCCUGGCCCUGGCCGUGGCCUCGCCCGUCAUGUUCGGCAUUAACAACGUGCCGGGCCGAGACCCCACUGAGUGCAAACUAGAAAACAACGACUAUGUCCUGUAUUCGUCCGUGUGCUCCUUCUUCAUCCCCUGUCCCAUCAUGCUGCUGCUGUACUGCGGUAUGUUCCGCGGCCUGAGGCGCUGGGAGGAGGCACGCAAAGCCAAGCUGAAGAACAGCAUCCAGGCCUGCCGCAAGCUGCAGGAAGCCGCCGCAUCACUGCCGCCACUGGCCUCACUGCCACCACCGCUGCCGCCCAUCAUAGAGAGGGAACCAACGGAUACUCAGGAUGAGCCGUCCACCAUCCCGUCCCCGGACAGAGCCUUUCCCUCAUCAGGGUACAAAGAUGGUCCAGUGAAGACGGUCAGCUUUGCAGAGAUAAAGUUCAACCCCGAUCCUCGCAGGAGGAAGACAGCCAAGAUCAACAGCCGUGAGAGGAAGGCCAUGAAGGUGCUUCCUGUCGUUGUGGGUGCCUUCCUGUUCUGCUGGACUCCGUUCUUUGUCCUGCACACGAUGAGAGCUCGCUGUCAGGACUGCCACGUCCCCCCGGCCCUGAUGAGCGUGGUGACGUGGCUCGGCUACGUCAACAGCGCUCUGAACCCCGUCAUCUACACCAUCUUCAACACGGAGUUCAGGAACUUUUUCAAGAAGUUCCUGCAUCGCUGCUGCUUCAAGAGUGCCGGAUGAGAGCGCUGCUGCUGCAUGGACAGUUUUUAAAUGCACAACAGCUGAAAGAAAGCGCUCCUGACUGCUGAUUUAGUGUCUGUGUGUGUGCUGCCAUUGCUUCCUUCCUCUGUGAGGUUUUAUUUUUCUACAUGUGCCGACAGCAAAGUUUGUUUGAGCUUCGUGUUUCCUGUGAAAAAGCUGCAGUCUGAGACACAAACUGUUCAGAGGAUCAGCACCACAUCUACAUCACACAGCCAACGAGAAGUAAUUUUAUAUGUUGAAAUUCAUCUUUUCAAAAUAAAAGUUUUCA